GGGGCUGGGAGUGCAGGAGAUUAGUGAGUAUGCAAGAGGGGCGUGGCUUCAUCCCUCUGGUGACGUCACAUCUGGAAAACGAAACUGACGAGACGGAGUUUCCUUAGAAAGACUUCUGACCACAGCGCUGUCGGAUUUAGUAGUAUUUAAGGAAAUAACAGCUGAGAUUGAAUGACAGUUCGUCGUAGAGCUUCAACAUAACCUGCACAUAGUAUCCUGCAUUGUUAGCAUCUACUUCUAACCCUGAAAACGACUGUAGUUGAACUCAGCACUCACCUACGCCGGCUCCUCACAACAGUAAUGUCUAGACCACUGCUAAUCCCAUGGCUGAGGGAACAGAUUAACAGCGGCAGGUAUCCUGGACUCCACUGGACAAACCCAGAGCAAACAGAGUUCUCUGUCCCAUGGAAACAUGCUUUGAGACAGGACUCCUCUGACACUGACAUCCUCAUAUUUAAGGCCUGGGCAGAGGUAAGCGGCAAUGGCCGGGCUCAUGGAGACCCCUCAGUCUGGAAGAGGAACUUCCGCAGCGCACUCCGAGCCAAAGGCUUUGUAACGGUCAGCGACAACAAAAACGACUCUGCUAAUCCCCACAAAGUGUUUCGCUGGCCAGAUAAGCCAGCAUCAGGAGCUAACUCUUCUGCUGGACCCAAGGAAAAAGAUGACCCUGAUUUUUUUGAGGAUCUGGGUCUUCCUAUACAAGAUAACCAGGAUAUCCCAGAUUUUGAAGACUGUCUCUACCUUCCAGAUGAAAUUAUAUUUUUAGCCGAACCCACUCUCGACCACGAUAUUCUCCAGGACUGUCUAAGGGGAUUGAACAUUGGCCCUGGAACAGAGGACACCGCAGGCUUUGAGCCUCCUCCUGAGCAACAGCAGCUCCAGCACCAGGUUGUGAUUGGUGAACACCCGUUGCCUGGGCAACAGCAGCAUCCAGUAACAUUUGAGGGUGCAGACGGUGAAGCUGGGUUGCCUGAGCAACCGGCACAUCCAACGGAGGGAGCAGUGGGAGGGGUCUGUGAUGGGCAGUUUGUGGAGCAGUUCCUACAUACCAUGAACAAGACCAGAGAUGGAGCUAAUUUCAAGACUCAGUUCAGGAUAUCAGUAUACUACAGAGGGGUGAAGGUGUCUGAGAAACUGGUUGAGAAUGAAGCUGGUGUCCGCUUUGUGUACAGGCCUGACCUAGCUGAGACAGUUGUGGAUCCCAACUCAGGCCUGUCCUUGUUCUCUCUGCCAAGUCCUGGAGGCAUGCUGGAUCAAACCCAAGCCAAUCUCACCCAACGCAUCCUGGACAUGCUGGGCAGUGGCUUGGAAGUGGGGGUGUCAGGCCAAGUAGUCUACGGCCAUCGACAGGGUGAAACUAAAGCAUUUUGGAGCUUCUCCAAGUUUGACCAAAGCAGACAGCCCAAAGAGAUUCCUAAAGUGGAACCUAAACCUCUUUACAUGUUCAAGGACUUUGUGCAAGGAAUAAAGAACUUCACUGCUGGGGGCGACAGCCCUCCCCACUCCCUGUUCUUCUGCAUCGGGGAGAAAUGGCCUGACCCAGACAACAGAUCCUGGGAUAGGAAACUCAUCACAGUGGAAGUUGUUCUGACUUCACUGGAGAUACUGAAAAAUAUGGCUGUUGAAGGCGGUGCCUCCUCCCUUCAGUCUGUAGAGCUGCAGAUUUCUCUCGACGAGAUGAUGGAGAUGUAAUGACACACUUUGCUGUGCCUGAAGAAAGUCACUAUUUAUUUUUUUGUAAUCAAACAGAAAUAAUCAUACUGAACAUUUUAAUCCAAAUAAAAUCAAUCAGGUAGUAAUAAUGGUACUAAUAGUUGCACUGGUGCUGCGCUUGCUGAUACUACGCUAUGUACAAAACAGAUUAAGGUACAAAUUGUACCAUAUUUUAAAUGGCUGUACACCUUGAUGUUGGUACAUUAAAUAAGAAGAAUAUGAUCAGAGAUAAUUUGAUAGGAUUGUUGAUGGUGCUGAAUAUCCAAAUUUCCAAGAUUCUCUUUCACGACACUGAGCUAAAACAAAAAGCUCUGUCACUCAGCCCAAGACUUUUUUCACUCAUUAUACAUUCUGCUUAUGCAAAUGAUGUUUGUGCUGAAAUAAGAGCACUCCUCCUGUUUCUUUCUAUAAAAAAGAAGAAAAGAAAACAUCAGACUUCCCUUUAAACUGAAUUGAUGGUCUGAAAUGUGAAAUGCCAUUCAAGGGAUGUCAGUCAUCCUGAUGACCUCAUUUCUUCAUUUGUUUACAGUAAUCAUGCUAAUGUAACAGUAUAAAAGUGGGACUGAAUUCCAUCAAUUUCCACAUCUAGUAACUCAGUUUUAUAAAGAUCCAUCCUGCAGAACUGAAGUACUAUGUGUAUUAUGUGUGUAAAACGAACUGUAGCAAUACCAGAACCAUAAACACAGGGCAGUCACACUGGAGGAUGAAGUUCACGUUGAUUCAGCAACACAUGUGGCCAGAACAUCUGGAAUCAAUCUAAAUGUUUUUGAUCCUCUAUCACAUGAGACAGUUUCAGUAGAGUAGCACAUACACCUGAGCACAAUUUGAAACAGUUACAUCCUGCAACACAGCAGAGGCUAUACAGAAAACAGUGAAUAUACUGUGCAGAUGUUUAUUUAAUCUUUUUUAUUUAAGGGUCACAGCUAACUUUUGAUUGUGUCUAUUAGCUGUUUGGAAUGUCUAUAAGCAAUGCUAUAGAGAAGGCUAAAUGAAAAUAUACAGGACAUUGAAAUACAGAACAUCAGUACAAAGAAUACUACCACAAGACUUCAUUACUGUAGUUUCCUUCAGAAUUUCAUGCUCAACUCAAACCAGUGUGGCCUUAUUGGUGCUCUAUAUUAUUAUGAAUCCAACAGAAAAAUAAAGUUUUUUGAG